AAACACGUUUAAGAGCAGGACAUGAUGGAGCGGUUUGCUGGAGUUUACAGAGAUGUGUAGAUUAUUCAUAGAUUAUGGGCCAUGGAGAUGAUGGGGGUUGAAAGGCAGUGUGAGGUGGAGGUACUAAAACAGCCCCAAAAGGAGUUACAGUGUGUCCGAAAACAGCUGUCAGUCAACUCUAACAGAACCAAUGGACCAGGCAGGACCAAGGAUCAGAAACUGCGGAAUGAGGUGUUUCCAUUGCAUUUCUCUGAAUUAUCGCCCCAGCAUGUGGAAGCAUAUCGACUGCUAGAGGACAGGAAACACAAACUUUCACCCGAGACCGCCGCCCUCUACCUGCUUCGACAACAGCACAAACUUUUGAAGAAAGAAAGUCAGACAUGUUUGGAACAACAUGAGGGUGAGAACCGUACCACUCAGAAGUUUGGGGAGACUGAGAUCAGCAGGAAAAGAAAGGAGUGUGAAGUCCUUGAGGAGGAGGUGAAGAAAAAGAGCCAGUCAUGUCAAACUCUGGAGAGUGAGCUUCAGCAUGUUCUGCAGGAGAAAGCACGUCUGAAUCUCCGGUUGUUCAACGAUACCCAGAAGGCAACAAAGUAUGAGCAGGUGAAAAGUGAAUAUGAACAGCUGCAGGAGGCUCUGUACACUGUGACAGUGGAGAGAGAUUGCGCUCUGUUGGAGAGGACUGAGCUCCAAGGCAAACUGGAGAACCUAGAGCAGGUGCUGAAGCAUAUGCGAGAGGCUGCAGAGAGGAGGCAGCAGCUAGAAUUAGAGCAUGAACAAGCCUUGGCCGUCCUCAGUGCCAAGCAGCAGGAGAUUGACCUUCUGCAGAAGGCUCAGGUUGAGGCUAAGAAGGAACAUGAAGGUGCCGUCCAUCUGUUAGAGAAUCACUUGGACAGCAUGCAGCUGAGAAGUGUCCUUCGCACUAAGAACACAAUGCGAUUUUUGGCUAAAGUGAGAGAUCUGGAGGAAAAAUGCCGGACGCAGAGUGAGCAGUUUAACCUGCUGUCAAAAGAGUUGGAGAAGUUCAGGUUGCAGGCUGGGAAGUUAGACAUCCUGAGCAGCAGUCAGCUCACAGGGAGCGACUCUCCCGGUUCACCCACCAAACCCCUCACCCUCUCCCAGCUCCUCAACGGCCUCUCUGCCCCCUCCGGGAAAGGUAAUGAGGAUUCGAUGAGUAAGAUCUCAGAGCUCAUUCGGCCUCUGCAGAUGACUGAGGGGGAGAAGGUAGAGCUCCUGUCUGUUAAACCCACCUUCCUGUCACGAAGCACACCCGCCAGCCCACGACGGGCCUUCCUCUCAGAGGUGCGGCCCGUCAUCGCCACUGCUAUGGAUAAAGAGCCCGGAUCGUCCCCCAGGUCUAAGUCCAGAUACACAGGCAAAGUGAGACUGUGUGUUGCCCGUUACAAUUAUAACCCUUAUGAUGGCCCCAAUGAGCAUCCUGAAGCAGAGCUCCCCCUGGUGGCUGGGAAGUACCUGUAUGUUUAUGGGACCAUGGAUGAAGACGGCUUCUACGAAGGGGAGUUGUUGGAUGGACAGCAGGGUCUCGUUCCCUCCAACUUUGUGGACUUUGUCCAGGAUGAGGAGCUUCCCUCGAUUCCUCUCUUGGACCGCAUCAAGGAACCGUCCUACCUCAACCACAGCCCCCCCUCCAUGCCGAGCAGCGCCGUGAGCACGCUCAGCACGCUGCUCUCAGACAGGCUGGAUGCCCUGGGCUCGGGUACCGGGACGGGCACCAGCAGCAGCAGUGGGGUGAGCAGCUUGGGCAUGAGCAUUGGGCUGGGCAUGGACUUUCUGGGACCCUGCAGCAACGGCACAGGCACGCUGGACGUGAACAUUGAUGAGAUCGGAGAAGACAUCGUGCCUUACCCCCGCCGCAUUACCUUGAUCAAACAGCUGGCCAAGAGUGUCAUUAUAAGCUGGGAGCCUCCAGUGGUUUUGCCUGGGUGGACGCCCAUCAGUGGCUACAACGUGCUGGUGGAUCAGGAGGUGCGCAUGAGCGUGCCCUUCGGCGGCCGCACCAAGUCUUUGAUCGAGAAGCUGAACCUGGCCUCCUGUACUCACCGCAUCUCUAUCCAGAGCAUGACAGAGCGGGGGCUCUCCGAUCCGCUGCGCUGCACACUGCUGGUGGGGAAAGAUGUGGUGGUGGCACCCUAUUACCUUCGUGUGGAGAACAUCACUCAAGUUUCGGCUGAACUCACCUGGAUGCCGAGCAACAGUAACUACAGCCACAUGAUCUUCCUGAAUGAUGGGGAGUAUGAUGUAGUGAAGCCUGGAGGGUACAAAUACCACUUCUACAACCUGAAGCCCAUGACUGUGUAUAAGAUACGGGUGGUGGCCCGACCCCAUCAGAUGCCCUGGCAGCUUCCCCUUGAGCAGAGGGAGAAGAAGGAGGUCUCGGUGGAGUUCUGCACACAGCCAGCCGAUCGCCAUGCGUUCUUGCAAAAACGUGAAGUUGAUACUUCAAGAUUGAAUUGCUUCAAUGGUCCUCCUUUACCUCCUCAGGAUGUGCAAGUUCAGUUGGGACAGACACCUGGAGUCUUGCAGAUCCGGUGGAAGCCCCCCCCCCUCACUUCUACCGGCACUUCCAAUGGAGCCAGUGUAAUCGGCUACAUAGUCUGCACUAAAGGUCAAAAGAUAGCAGAGAUAAUGUACCCCACAGCAGAUUAUGUUACGGUGGAACUGAAUCGUAUCCAGUGUCUGGAAGCACGGGAGGUCGUAGUGAGGACAAUAUCAGCACAAGGAGAGUCACAAGACUCUCCCGUGGCCACCAUUCCGCACAGCCUCCUGGUGCCUCACCAUGGACACCCUCACCUCCAGUCUCACCCUCAGACUCACCCACCUCCCUACCCACAAGCCUACCCCCCAACCCAUCCUCAACCGCAUGUCCAGCCUCACUCCGGCCCACCAGCCCACCCUCACCCUCAUCCCCCGCCCUCACAUCCCCACUCCUCGCCCUCCCUGUACCCCUUAUCUAAACCCAAACGCCUACCAAGUGCCAGAGACCCCCAUGCCAAAGAUCCAGAGAUGAGCAGGCGACCGGGACAGUCCUGGGAGCCGCAUCCCCGGGCCCCGUCACCCCUACCACCCCCUUCGCACCCGGGGCACACGCUGGAGCCCCCUCACGUAGAGGGCCGGCGCUCGCCCUCCCCUCAGAGGAUCUUGCCUCAACCUCAGGGAGCGCCCAUUCCUAACACAGUGGCUCGCGCUAUGGCCCGCCAGGCAGCGCAGAGGAACGCCCCGAACAGUAGGGUGGAGAGGAGGAACAUCUUCAGUGAGAAGGGUAACGCUUCGCAGUCUUUAAACUCAGAUGAGGAAGAGGACGGGUACGAUUCCCCCCACGCCAGGCGAAGAGGAGCUUCUGUGGACGAGUUUCUCAGAGGUUCUGAGCUGGGCAGACACCAUCAUCAAUACAGCCACAGUGAGGAGUACUACACCGAGAGCAGUCGGGGCUCUGAUCUGUCUGACAUCAUGGAGGAGGAUGAGGAGGAGCUGUACUCAGAGAUGCAGCUGGAAGAAGGCCGCCGCCGCAGCAUCAACUCACACAACACGCUUAAGGCGUAUUACAGGCGUCAGGAUCUAGCGGUGGAACGAGACAGUUGGGACUUGCAGCGGGAGGUGGUACGACAGCGCUCCUUGCGCUCCCACAAGCGGCUCCACAGCAUCCCGGAGGUUGCCGAGGAGGAUCCGGACACUGGGGUGGAGGUCAUGGGUCAACGGCUGCGUUUCGAGGAGGCUCGUCCAGGCACUCCAUGCAGGAGCCCAAGGCCAUACCACCAGGACUCGCAGCAGCCGAACCACCUCUCCCCAAGUAAGUCCAUCCGCAGGCUGCAGAGGCAGCGCUCCUCUCCGCGCUACACCUCCAUAGAGGAGCGGCCGCAGUGCUGGAGCAGCAGCAGUAGCAGGCAGAACACUAAGAGCCCGGACAGUGGACUAGACUGCGGGAGCGAGGAGGAGGGUUCGCUCGGUUACCGCGGAGGCUACCACUCAUACACAGGGGGAAGCCAGCUGCGAGUGGGUUCUGGGCCCAACAUGCGGGUUAUUCACUGCGAAGGGCCAGUGGAGCGCCGUGCUCUGGCUGCCGGCAGGAAAAGGUCGCUGACCCGCCAGUGCAGUGUGGAGGAGGACUUCCUGGACAACAUUCCAGAGACAAGGAGCAUGCGGGAGUCGUACCACCAUUACCACUAUCAUCCGCACCAUCACCAACCCCAACGCAGGUUCCGGAGCGAGGGCAGGCUGAGCGAGGUUGGCAGGACCUAUCACAGGGACAUUAGGGCCUACUCUGUGGCCAGACUCAACAGGGCAAUGGAUGAACCCCUGAUUUUAGGGAGCUCUCCCUCAACGGGACGCUCGGAUCGACUGGACCAUUCCGGCCGUAGGACAAAUCAUGGCUGUCCACCCUCUCAGAGAAGACCAAUGACAGUCCCUUCCAUUGAAAUCACCGUGGAGAAUAACAGUGAGGGGAGUGAGGGGAACCUCUCACCUAUCAAGGAUGAUGUUUACUAUACCAAUGUAGCCCACCGCAGGAAAUGGCCCCCACAGCGAACUGAGGAACGAUAUGAUGGUUAUGGUGGACGGGAACGGCGGUCUUCAGACUACUAUGAGGAGUCGGAGCCAGAAGACUCCAGAAUAUUUGUGGCCAUGUUUGACUACGACCCCCUGUCAAUGUCUCCCAACCCUGAUGCUGCUGUAGAGGAACUUCCCUUCAAGGAGGGCCAGAUCAUAAAGGUGUUUGGAGAGAAGGACACAGAUGGAUUCUAUAGAGCAGAGGUCUGUGGCCGCAGGGGGCUCAUCCCCUGUAACAUGGUCUCAGAGAUCCAGACGGAUGAUGAUGACAUGAUGGACCAGCUACUCAAACAGGGGUUUCUUCCUCUCAACACGCCCAUUGAGAAAAUAGUGAACUGUAAUAGGUUCAAAGAUGGCCGUUCAAUUAAUCGCAGGUCCCGGAAAUCCAAGAGAGAAAGGAACAAAAGGAGUGGAAGGCAGCAGGCGGUGUCGACGCGGAGGAUGGUGGCCCUAUAUGACUAUGAUCCCAGAGAGAGCUCUCCUAACGUCGAUGUGGAGGCCCGCUAUGGGGGCAGCUUGCAGAGUGAGGAGGCUGAACUGACGUUUUGUGCAGGUGAUGUGAUCACAGUGUUUGGAGAGAUCGAUGAGGAUGGCUUUUAUUAUGGGGAGCUCAAUGGACACAAGGGUUUGGUCCCCUCCAAUUUUCUUGAAGAAGUGCCUGAUGAUGUGGAGGUUUACCUCACAAACACCCCGAGCCGUCACCCCCAGGACCACCCGUCCCGGACAAAGAACAAAAGGAAGAAGAGUGUUCAUUUCACUCCGUAACGGCUCAGUAUCUGUCACGUUUGAUUUGGCUCCAACACCCUUGGUGAAGUUACCAUGCUGAAAGGUGAUAGAUUACUUCAAAAGACUGGUAAAUUAAAUACUUAUCUUCUCUUUUCAUUGCCAUUAUAGAUUGUCACUGUUAGCGUAAAUACUCAUAAUGAUGUGUUGUUGUGCAACUAUACAACUAAAAUGAAGGGGAAAGUAUGGCAUGUUAAAGUGUUUUUGCUGUUAAGGAGUUCAUAAUUAGUUCAUUGUCACUAAAAAUGAGAUUACUGUCAUGUCACUGUGUAAAAACAGUCAAUUUCUUAUGAUUAUUUUGUUGCACUUGCAGUCUGAACAGGUUUAUUAAUGUUUUAAUGAGAGUUUAGUUUUUUGAAGUGAAGCAUAUUUUUUUAUUUUUGCAGUUUUACUAAAACGAUUCCCACAGAUGACUGUUUAGAGUGCCGCCCCCUAUUGGCUGGAUGUAUUAUUUUAUGAUGCAAAAUGUACUAUACAUUCAUAAUUGACUGUAUGGUGGCCCUUCUGGGACAGAAAGGACUGUGAGAGGAGAUGGGAGUGUCUGUUGUACAGUAAUGACGUUGAGAUGCUUUAAAAGGCAAAGAAACACUUUCUUUUCUUUUUAAACAUCCAGCCCUGAACUGUCCCUUGCGGGUCUUCCGUUAGGUUCCCGUGGAAAAAGCGGGCCCUCCCAGAAGAAGUGCCACCCCCACAGUGCGCCCACACAUCCCGGGGUCCGGCCCCGCAGCACAGGGGCCCG